AAGAGGAGAAACAAUGCCUGAAUAAUCAAACGGCUGUUGCUCACGCGGAAAAACAACUGUUUCCCCAGAUUUACAAAAUCUAAUUAACAAUAAGAUUUGCCGGCCCCAUCAUGAGAUAACUUCAAAAGGAAGAAACUUCUUUUGGGGGUUCACUCUCCUGGCAGCUAUGUGCCAAACCCUUUCUAGUUCUAGGAAUCUAACUCAAAAAAGUCACGCGCCAAAAUGCCACAUGUCAUUCCUACGCGGUCUCUCUCUCUCUUCCAAUUGGACACACAACACAACCCCUAUAUAUAUGUACCAUGUACGAACCUUGUUCGCAAACAAAACAACACCACAUCCUUAAUCCGACAUUUGAAGGCUUGCAAGCUUAUAAUUUAUGUCUCGCACAAUGCUAAUCUCUUCUCUUCACUCAGCUCUGCCAUCACCAACACCGCCAUGUUCCAAUUCCAGCAUUCAUCAACCGCACCUGAAGACGGGGUUAUUUGAGAUGCAGAGGAGGAGGAGGAGGCAUCCUCUGAAGAUUUUCGCAUCAUGCGGUCGUGAUAACUACGAUGGUAAACUUGUUGACGAAGACAUGAUUGUUCUUCGAAUGCGAAUUCACGACAUGAAGAUGGCGGCAGAGAUGCAAGAUGGUGAUCAUAAACCCCCAGCAAAUUGGAUGCAAUGGGAGAAGCGAUAUUAUGAUAAUUACAAUUCGGACAUCUUUGAAGCCGUGGGGUUAUUGCAAACCCAUUUGAUGAACACAAGGCCUUGCGUGGCUCUGGGAAUGCUUGCUCUCAUUACACUCAGCGUCCCAAUUUCUACGGCUGCUUUGUUGGACAUUUUCAAGGGGAUCUUAUUAGCUCAUUAGUGACAAAUAUUAUCAAUUCACAUGCAAUAUAAACAAAUUUUAAUUUUAUUAUUAUUAUUUAUUUA